AUGACCAUCUCUUCCCUCGUCCGUCGAGGUGUGGAGGCCGCCUUGGAGCAGCCUACCCCGAAUCAACCCACCAUCCAUUUCGCAGGAUGGCUGUCAGCUCUGUUUGUCUUCACGGUCCUCGCCUUUAUCGCUAUCGGAUUUUCGGUGGAGUACACUUAUGGAAUGCUGAUCCCGACCCUCGCCGCUAUCGAGGAUUCCAACCCCGAUGUCUACGUCCGAAUCGAUGGCAACCUUGACGCGAACAAGCCUGUCGAUGCGAACGAGCCCGAUACCGAGCCUGUGAUCGAAGCUCCCCCUCCGAUGCCCAUCACCAGCAAACUCCGCACCACGAUUCAGCACCUCCGUGCCCGUGCCGGUUUCCUCUCCCGCUUCCGUGGCUUGAGCAUGCUCGUCACUUAUGGUCUUGCACAAGGGCUGGUCUUCUCCAUGAUGCCGUUCUCUAUCAACGCAUUCUUCUCUCAGUUUGUUGUCGGCAUGAUCUGCAGCGUCGCAUUGGCCAACCUGCAGUUGGCGUGGGUUCACAUUGUUAUCUCCGAGCCUUCUCCCAAACGUUUCUACCAGCGGAUCCCCGGUUUCGCUGCCUGGAAGAAGAUCGCUCCGGUUGUUGCUUUCGAACAUGCCGUUACCAAUGCUGCAUACUACAUUCCCCUGAUCCUGAUCAGCGCUUGCAACGGCUUCAAGAACAUUGAGAACCCCUCCGGCGGUGACUCCCCAGCCAAAACUCUCGCCGGCGCUGCUACGCUCGUCUCCCUGCCAGCCCUUCUCUCUUUCGUGGUGUCUAUUCCCGCCCGGGCCAUCUUCAUCCGCGUGGCUGCGUCUAUGCUCCCUGAGGAGGAUGAGUCGAUUGUGCCUUUCGACCGUUCUUUCGGCGGCAAGGUCUCUCCCGCCAUUGUCGGCGGCAGCGGCAAGCUGAGCAUCAUGGAUGCUUGGAAGACCUUCGACCGGCCUGCUCUGGUCCGCUUCGUCAAGGCCAUCGGCAAAGGGUUCGCUAUUGAGGUUGCCGUGGCUGCGUUCUUCACCACUCUGCUGGUUGCGCAGGUUUGGGCUGGAGCGGUCACCUAUGGCUUCGCUGGAAACAACGCUUAA